AACAAAAACAACUACAGCAGUAACAACUACAGCAGUAACAACAACAACUACAGCAGCAACAACAACAACUACAGCAGUAACAACAACAACUACAGCAGUAACAACAACAACUACAGCAGCAGCAGCAACAACAACUACAGCAGUAACAACAACAACUACAGCAGUAACAACAACAACUAUAGCAGUAACAACAACAACAACAACUACAGCAGCAACAACAACAACUACAGCAGUAACAACAACAACUACAGCAGUAACAACAACAACUACAGCAGUAACAACAACAACUACAGCAGUAACAACAACAACUACAGCAGCAACAACAACAACUACAGCAGUAACAACAACUACAGCAGCAACAACAACUACAGCAGUAACAACAACAACUACAGCAGUAACAACUACAGCAGUAACAAAAACAACUACAGCAGUAACAACUACAGCAGUAACAACAACAACUACAGCAGCAACAACAACAACUACAGCAGUAACAACAACAACUACAGCAGCAACAACAACAACUACAGCAGCAGCAGCAACAACAACUACAGCAGUAACAACAACUACAGCAGUAACAACAACAACUAUAGCAGUAACAACAACAACAACAACUACAGCAGCAACAACAACAACUACAGCAGCAACAACAACUACAGCAGUAACAACAACAACUAUAGCAGUAACAACAACAACAACAACUACAGCAGCAGCAACAACAACUACAGCAGUAACAACAACAACAACUACAGCAGCAACAACAACAACAACAACAACAAUAACAACAAAAGUUAA